AGGAGGCAGAACCCACACUGACUAAAGCCAUCAAAGGCCAAAACAAAAUGAUGCUUCUCAAAGCCAAAGGUAAAGACCUCAAAACCAUUCUGGAGCCUGAAGCAACAAAAGAAAGCCGGCAGGAAGCUGGUGGUGGAAGUGGUGUCAAAGGGCAGCCCCAGAGCUUGCUACUGGGGAAGGUCAAGAUGGCGUCUCUACGACACAAAGCAAAUAAGAUAUUAGUAAAGCCUGAUGAGGAGACAUCAGAAAGUGAGGCUGUCGAUGGGAUGUCCAGCAAACCAAAGGAACGUUUGAUAGCGCGAAGAAAAGGUGUGACCACUCUUCGCAGAGUGUCCGGUUGGAUUCAGAUGAAAAUGCCAAGAGGGUUAAACUUGAGGAAAAAGCUAUCUGCUUGGACCAAAGCUAUUGGGGUCUCCCGCUGGCUCUCCCAUCGGGCCAUAAAACAGAAACAAGGCACUAGAAAAUCCAAGGGCAAUGUCCUCAAACAUCGGAUGGCCAUGAGAGUUGCCAGUAAAACCAGCCUGGCCAGUAGGAAAACAAGGACCUCCUCUGAGGACAAAAUGGCUAAAGAAAAAGCCGGCCUCCAGGGAAAGGCUGGAGGGGAAGAAGCAGCACCAGCUGGGGAAAAAGAGGUAGAGGCUAAAUAUGCUGUGGUACUCCCCAGGAUGAACAAACUGGGCAAGGCUAAGACAACCCAGGCACCCCAGGCUGCCCCUGGACCUUCUACACCAUCAAGCACCACUGAAUCACCAGGAGAGCCCACUACCUCAGAACCCAAACCCCCAAAGCCAGGUGCCAGGCUCGUGCUUCCUGUCAAACCAGAUCUCAGCCUCCUGAAGUCCAUCAAGAAGCCCUUGCCAGGAGGGCUCAUAUCAGGCGGAGAUGUGGCAGAGAGGAGCCCUGGGGCCAGUGUUGGUACCGCAGCGCAGGAAGGUUCCUCCAACACUGAGGAUACAAACAGGAGAGCUGCCUUAGACAAUCAAAAUGGAGUCAGUGUGCUACAGGCUGCAAGAGGGAAACUGGGCCCUUCCCAGAUCAAUCUGACCAAGAUCUCCUUAUCAGGGGGAAUAAUUGGUGCCGGAUCCAUUCGGGCCAAGGGGCCAGACCCAGAGAAAGAGACUGCAGCUGGGAUACCCAGGUCCAGCACUCAGCCCCUUUCAAAUGGGGAGUCAGGUGCUGUGAUGCCAGGUGUACGGUCUGUGUAUGAAGAAGAGGCAGACAGGGAAGUGGCCCAGCUGAUGGGUGAGGGGGCUAUAUAUACCCAACCAGAGGUGCACUGGGCUGGGAACCCACGGAUGAGUGGAGACCCUCAGGACUGGCUGCGUGCUGAGAACCUGCUGCCUCAUCAGACGGUUGAGAAGCUAACCAAGUGGACAGUCUAUGACGAUGGGGGCCAGGCCAGGACUAUUCCAGCCCACAAUGGCAGGGGUCCCUGGGAAUCAGAUGACCCCACCCAGGAGAUGCUGGAGAGUCGACUAGUCAGUACACAGGUGGUGAUGCAUGGCAGCGAAAGACCUGUAGAGGUGGAUGAGGUGGAGGAUCUGUCCCAGCUGGAAGAGGUGUGUGAGAGCUCUGUGCUUCUGAAUCUAAAGAAGAGGUUUCACCGUGACUGUAUUUAUAGGAGCUGAGACAGAAAUUCCAGGGCAAAGAGCAACAUAGAAACUCACCCCAUGUGUAUGCCAUAGCUGAUGCUGCCUUCAGCCACUCUCAGGUUUCCACACAGGAGCAGUGCAUCAUCAUAAGUGGCCAGAGUGGUUCAGGAAAGACUGAAGCUACGAAGCUAAUGGUCCAUUACCUCAGCUCCAUGUAUCAGGGCAGAAACG